UUGUGACUUUUCGUGUCGAACACAAGGCGGAACGAGGUAGAUCUGCAAAUAUUUGACACAAUGACUUCUUCACCUGAAAAUCGUGAUGAUCAACACUCUCACGUGUUGAUUCCAAUUUUUGUAAGUAUCUGCGCUAUCCCGAUCUCGAUGAUGUUUUGGAUAGUAAAUGUGGAUUAUUCAAUAUUGUGGCCGGAUUCUGAGAACCAUAUAAAAGAACAUUCAGUGAUUUCACCAUGGAGAUGGCUAAUUGCAGUUGGAGUACCAUUUUUCUUUUUCUUUUGGGGAUACCGCAAGAAAAAUAUAAAUAUCAUCGGUGGGAUGCUUGGUUUCGUCAUGGGAUUUAUUUUAACAUUCUCAAGCUAUGCUCAUGUAGCAGUAUUUUUAACAUUCUUCGUCACUGGAUCAAAAGCGACGAAGUUCCGAUCUGUAGAAAAGAAGAAAAUCGAAGGUGAUUUUAAGGGAGGGAAACGUAGAUGGAUACACGUGGUCUGUAAUGGCGGUAUGGCUACUCAGUUGGCUUUAUUAUAUUUGCUAGAUGUUGGUAGUGGAGAACGACCUAUAGACUUCAACAGCGAGUAUCGUAGUUCAUGGUUGUCUGUUGCUAUAAUAGGAGCAAUUGCGUGUUGUUGUGGUGAUACGUGGGCUUCAGAACUCGGUACUGUGAUGAGUAAAAGCGAUCCUUUUCUUAUUACAACUUGGAAAAGAGUGCCACGAGGUACAAACGGUGCUGUAUCGUGGAUGAGUCUUUUAUGUGCUUUUCUCGGUGGAUUAGCAAUUGGUUUAGUUUAUUACGUUGUGAUAUUGUACACCGUCGACACGAGUGUACUAGAAUUGUCACCACCACAAUGGCCCAUUAUACUUGUUGGAGGAUUUGGAGGUUUUUUCGGUAGUUUAUUAGAUUCUAUUCUUGGCGCGACUGUGAACUAUUCAGGAGUCGACGAGAAAGGUUUCGUAGUAAAACAACCGGGAAAAGGCGUAAAAUAUAUAAGCGGUAAACAUGUCUUGGAUAACCACAGUGUAAAUCUUCUUUGUAGCAUUGGAAUCGCUCUUAUUCUUCCGCAAAUAGCCAACGUUUUCUGGCCGAGUGUCUGAGUUAUUUUAGAAACAAAAAGAAAGAAGAUUUUAUAUAAGAAAUAUGAAAGUUUUAAUAUAAGAAUUGUUAAUAAUUCUGAUUCCUAGGAAAAAGUGUUACUUUAAUGGAUAUCACGCUCAAUUUCGAGAUUGUUAUUAGUUUUGCUCACGGUAGUUUUCA